UUUUUAUUGCUGGAAUGUGUUGGAAAAUUUGAAAUACACACUAUAUGUUGUUUAUAAAUGAAAUAUGACGACAAAUAAAUCUAUUUUUUCUUUUAAAAAGAUACAGUUUCAGCCGCAGUGCAUGCUGGGAGGCGUGACGCAAUUCAGCUGGACCGCAGUUAGACCCCGCCCUCGCUACCAUAGACGUAUUGAUAAACGUAGAUUGACGCGUCAUUCAGGGAUCCGGGGGGAACCAGCGGCGCCUCCAUGUGGCAGGAGUCAAGCUAAGCUAGCCCUACGUGCUAAAGCAGCGAUAGUUGACGGAGAACCGGAACCAUGCCGGUUGUUUGUGUUGACUUCGGAUACAACCGGAACUCUUUGGGUAGCGGAUCAUGUGGAAUGAGCUUUCACGAGUCUUUUCUCCACUAUCCGAUAUCUAAGCUGCACCACACGGACGACCCUGAAGCUUCAGAGUGCCGUCACAUGCAACAGGAAACCUUCAGGUCAGAGGUCAUGUGGAUUUCUCCAGCUUGGAGCAGACAGACAGGUCCAGCUGAUCUCUACCUGCUUUGUUACCAGGAGAAUCUUUGACCCUGUCUGGAGAACUGGAAGAGACCUUCAGGUGUGUUAAUACAAACUUCUGAAGCUCAUUGAAUACAUAAUAAUGUAAUUAAAAACUAUCAGGUUCACGUCAGCUCUCUUUAUUUAAGUUCUCCUGUUUUCUUUUUCAGUUCUUUUCUCAGCAGAUGUCAGACAGCUGCUGCAGCAUUUCAUGCUGAUGUGAGUAUUUUCUUCCUGUUACUUGAGUAUAACGUUUCAACAUGCUAAAAUAAAUGUAUUUUACUUUACUAUAAGCUCUCUGUAUUAGCACCUCGUCUGAAAUGACAUUCAGUGGAUCUCAUCCAAUCACCGCUCUAGUUCAGACUAAUGUCGGCUGGUUCUGCUUGUGACUGUCCACCAAACCUGUGAUGAACUUCUUAGAGGUGUUUAUGCUUUUCUAGCGCUGCGAUCGUCUCCAGCGUUUAUUUUUAAGGUGAAGAACAUCUUCCUCACAGUCUUACUGCGUUUGUGAACACACAGACACAUGAAAGAUGGAGGGGACGUGAUGUACUCCUCCACUAAGUAGAGUUGGACAAUACAAAAGGUGAAAAUUAAAAUUAAAAAGGGGCAAGUUUCAUUCUGGAGUGCUGCAAAAUCUACAAUAAAUAUCUUUCCAGUAACUUGUUUUUCUAUCUCGUUGUCCGCUCUCUCGGUUUCUCUGAGUCUGGAGGUCUGAAUUUCUAAACUACUGUCUGGUCCUCCCAUGCAGCCCCCCCCUCCUGGUGCUUACAGCUUUGGAGUGACUCUGGUGUUCCAGCAGGAGUUGGUACUCACCUCAUCAUCUCAGCUGCCAGAUCAUUGUCUACCUUUAGAAUCCUUCAACCACGAGGACCAACAACCAACCAUCUCUGGACCUCUCCGCUCAGCUGACUCACAGACUCAGUUCUACCUGCUCGCCGUGUCCUCCAGCUCCAGAAGGACAAAGGAACGGCGCUCACCUCCCCAAGCCUCGGACACCAUCUGCAAACCCCGGUGCAGCCUCUCCUCUCUGGGUUCUCCAUCUCUCUCCACCCCCCCUGCCGGCACGCCGACUCUGGAUUCAUCCCCCUCUCUAAAUCAAUCACCUCCUCACACACAGAAAUGUUUCCAGCACUUGGGUCCUUCUGACCUCAUGAAACCAUGACAACGACUUCAUCGGGCUUUGACUCCACAUCAGAGAUGUUGUCCAGGGAGACGAGCAGAAAGAUCUGCAGCGUUUUCUCGCAGAUGUCUUCCCUCCUGCUCUCUGAGAUCUCCACUCUGAAGGCUCGUCUGGAGCGGCUGGAGGCCGAGCUGCAGAGCGUGACCGAAAACGCUGAGGACGCCCGGCGGUGGAGGGAGGACGUCCUGAGCGGCUGCCUCGUGCUGUUACAGCAGAGCGGCCUGCUCUUCGCCCUGAAGCCCUUUGGGAGGCUGACGAGGAGGACGGCUGCACAACAGAGAGAUGAAGAAUCCUCAUCUGCUGCUCAGAUGGACAGGCUGGAUGAGG